AUGACGGAGAAGUCAGGUCUUGUGGGAACAGCCCGGGAUUUGGGGCUCGUCGAUGGCAUCCUGGACGUCACUAGGACUCUAUCCCUCGCAGAGAAACACGCUUUUGGUCUCCAGAAGCCCGACGGUGAAUGGUGCGCUGAGUUUAAGACGGGCAUAUUUUCUCUUACCGAGCACAUUUUUUUCUGUCAAAUAUGGGGCAUCGAUAAAUCUGCCGAUGCAGGCCUCUUUCAAAAAUUUCUGCUCUCUCUGCAGAAUUCUGACGGGUCCUGGAGCGCAGCCCCAGACUAUCCUGGCGAGGUUUCGCUAACGGCGGAAGCCUACCUGGCCCUUCGUAUUCUCGGCGUUGAGGCUGAUUGCACAGAGCUUCUACGAGCAAGACACUUCGUUCGAAAUGCCGGUGGCUUGGCCAAAGUUCGCAUACUGACGCGCUUUCAUCUUGCCCAAUUUGGGCUCUGGCCUUGGACCGCGGUGCCGCAGCUGCCUCCAGAGCUUAUUUUGCUUCCUUUGCAGUCUCCAAUCCAUAUCUAUAAAUUGUGGUAUGUGGCACGCGCUACGAUCGUGCCCAUGGCCAUUAUACGGCACCACGAGCCAAUCUUUGCGCUCCCAAAUGGCAAGUCUGCAAGCAACAACUACCUGGAUGAGCUCUGGUUAGACCCGCAGCACAAGUCGGUCCCCUAUGGCCGUUCGUUGCUUGAUCUCUCCAAGAACGACCCCGUUGGCUUUGCUUUCCAUGCUGCCGACCACCUGAUGCACACCCUUCGAGUCGUGAUGCAGUACACUCCAAUGCGGUACCUUGCUCGGAAGCGGUCGGUCAACUGGAUACUCGAACAUCAGAGCGGGGACGGCACCUGGUUUGGCUACUUGACGGCCAUGCAUUGUUCCAUGUCAGCUUUGUUGCUUGAGGGCUUCACCACGGAUGACCUUCGCAUUCGUCGAGCUCUCACCGCCAUGGAGACUUGGAUGUGGGAGGAUGAGCAAGGCAAACGCAUCCAGUUGUCCACCAGCCCCCUCUGGGACACUCCCAUGAUGAUCAGCGCUCUCUGCAUGUCCGGUGUUCGGCGCGAUGACUACCGCUUGCAGCGGGCUGCAGAAUGGUGCAAGACGCAACAGAUUUUCGGCUCCGACACCGAAGUAGCUCGUUACUGCCCAGACUUGGCUUCUGGUGGUGGAUUCGCCUUCCAGUACCACAAUCCCUGGAUCCCGGACGUCGACGACACCGCGGCAGUAGCAUUGGCCUUGUACGCCCAGGAUGAUGGCGCGCUCGAAAAGUACUCCUUCGUUCGUGCCGCCGAGUGGGCGCUGAGCAUGCAGAACAAAGAUGGGGGUUGGGCCGCAUUUGACCGCGAUUGUGAUAACACCUGGCUGCAUAAAUGGUAG